AUGUCGAAAGUGGAAGCUAGUCUGGGGACUAAUAAGAAUCCUGUCUCCACAGCCACAAGCACAGUUGGAGAGAGUGCCACAGCUACAACAGAAACAUCAACAGAAUUGAGGGCCAAUUUCGCUGAGGUGACAGAUCCAAAACUAAAUGCAAAACCGCAAUCUUCUCCGUUAUUAUCAUCGACGCCGCCUCUGGUUUCCAAGGCAUUGGUGAACUCGUAUCCUUACUUGAUUAUUAUCAAUAAACUCCUUUCAAUAACAACAUGGACUAAUGACGAUUACUGGGUCAAUGUGGUUAUUAUCAGCUUGUAUGCGUUGGUUGUUUUAUACUUUGAGAAUUUAGUCAUUUGGCUGGGUCAUUUAAUUCUUGUGGCAAUAUUGAUUUCGUAUGCGUUGUUGAACAAUAAGAUCAUUAAAGAGGCAAACUUGCAUCCUACGUUGGAUGAUGUUGUCCAGGCAUUGACGUCGACGUGUGUUAAGGCAGAUAUCUUGUUGCUGCCAAUUACGUCGUUAUCGUUGACGGCAUACGACAUUAAGAGAUUGAUAUUCACUACAUUGUUUUUGACUCCAGUUUAUCUUGUGGUUACGUUUUUGUUGAUCAAGCCAAGGACAAUAUUACUAUUGACUGGUGUGUACUUGCUAACCUACCAUUCGUCGUAUUCAAUUGUCACCAGAAGAAUUCUUUGGAAGUUAAAGAUUGUCAGGCUAAUUUUCUUUUAUUUGACAGGGUUGGAUUUGUCGGAGACCAAGAACCAUUCGCUUUUUGCUGCCGCAUUUGCAAAGGUCAGCAGCAGUGGCACAUCUUCAAAGUCAAACAAACCUGUUCGAUUCACAUACGUCAUAUACGAGAACCAAAGAAAGUGGUUGGGUAUUGGCUGGACAAGCAAUUUAUUGUCCUAUGAAAGAACUCCAUGGACUGAUGAGUUUUUGAAUGAGAGUAGUUCGAUUGACUCGUUUAAAUUACCCAAUGCUGCCGAUGAUGCUACGAAUGGCGAUUCCAAUAUGCAGGGCGCUACUUGGAGAUGGGUUGAUAAGACUUGGAGAUUAGAUUUAACCAACGAUGGUGCAAUUACUUUAUCGAGCUCUAAGAGAUCAAAAACAACUGCUAACCCAACCAACGAUGAAGGGUUUAUAUAUUAUGAUAAUACAUGGAAAAAACCUUCUACAGAAGACACAUUUUCCAAAUACACCAGGAGAAGAAGAUGGAUACGAACUGCAGAAUUGAUAUUUGAUAAUAAACAGGAAGAAGCAUUGGAGUCAUCAGAAAAUGUUAAAGCAACUGGGGUAAGUGUUCAGGACGCUACAACCACCAAGAAAGUAAAAAGCUUACGAUUUGCCGAAGAUGAAAGCAAUGUUGAAGAAUCAGCUGAUACUGAUAAGAAAAAUGAUUAA